AUGCAUAGCUGUGUGUCACAUCCCUACGGUCGCUACGCGGAUGGCUCGCCUUGGUUGUGGCUUCUCCACAAAGCAUCGGUUCCUGCUGAGCUCACUCAGGACACCCGAGUCUGGGUGUGUGCAGACUGCGCGGGCAGCCUGACUCGGAAAUGUCCCCGCGUGCCCAAGUACGCGCUCGCCAACGACUUUUGGUUGGGACGAGUUCCAGCUGUGUUUCGUCCCGACAAGAAGCGAUUGUCAGCCAUGACAUUCAUGUUGCUUUCGCUGGGACGGGCUGUGGUACAGAAGGUCAUUGCCGAGCGCACGAAGCCGCAGCGGCCAGAGGAGAAGCAGAAAGGCAUGCGUGCCAACACGGUGGCGUUUCCUCAGGCGAAGAUGAGAGAGCUGGUGACUGCUCAUUUNNAAGCCACUCGCUAUGUGGCGGAUUGCCUUUCGAUUGCGUUGGUCGGGGCAGAUCCCGAGGUAUCUUGCCUGCGACUGAGGGAUCGUGAUUUGGAGCACGCGAAAUGGGCUGAGAUUCCCAGGGAUGCGUACAUGGCAGCGGCUAGAUUUUUGGUGGCUCACAAUGUGGCGUAUCAAAACUUGGACGUGAACGAGGAUGCUGCGCAGGAACAUUUCCUGAAGUUGGGCGAGGCUGUCAAGGCGCAGGCGGUGUCGAUA